AAGAUCGCGAGCCGCCUGCGCCGGCGCCGGUCGUUAGUAAAGACUUCUCUACGCACCAAGGCACGCGUUCGCUCGCUCCUUCAAUGAUAUGGACUCAAAGUCGAUACAGUUUGCUUGUUAUACGUGUAAAUAUGUGUUAUAAAUAGUGCGGUUGUGACAAAUUCAAUCUAUUAAUACGUAGCUAUAAAUGUUAAAGUCUCGAUGACAGCGACACCUUUAGGGCACAGCCAAUGGAACAGGAAACCUGCUGACUCAAUGUCAAUUACGCAAACGUAAACUGGAUCAAACACCGCGCGGGCGGCUACUGCAGCCAUGGAGCAAUACCUACUGGCCGUGGCGGGCCUUUUGUCAUUUAUUAUUACAGGGGUCUCCUCGCUACAAUGUUACCAGUGCCUCAUCAAUCCGCCCCUUGGCCAGUACUACAACACAACAAAAAAUCUCUGCGUCCACUUCGACUAUACCGAGAGAUUUAUCGUGGACUGCCCAUUUUCUACAAUGUGUAUGAAACAGGAGUUUCAUCUCGACAUACAGAAUGGGGUGAGAAUAACGGGCGUCCUACUGGAUUGUGCAAAUCAGAAAAACGAGUACCACGAUUAUAAGAAUGGCAAAUGGUCUCCAAAGAUGGAAAUCUUGGAGCCUUACGAAGAAGGCUGUUCGGAAGUAGAUGACAAGGGAGAACGAACAACACCUACUAAAUACUGCUAUUGUCGGAGUAACCUCUGCAACUCGUCACCCAACUCGAACCACGAAGGCUACACUGACAUCAUGGGCGUCAUAAUGGUGUUCAACCUCAUGAAAUACAUUAACAGCCUUAGGUAGUAUUUAGUACAUAGUUACCGUUAUUAGGAAAUUUUCGGUAAUUAGUACAAUUUGUUUCGCCAUGACUAGGUAAUAUAUUUACUAUAACUAUGACUGUAUUGAAAAGUGAAACAUUGAAACUGUGUAUUUCGGUUUUAAGACCUAAGCAACGUGGUUACAUGAAAACUGUUACGCUGUGUUUAUAACUAGUAAGUGAAUAUGUAGAAUAUUGAUAGUAGCACCUUUUCGGAAGCUCAUUAUGAAUAGCAAGUAAUUGGUUUAUUUCUUCUAUUUUUCGCGAAAAACCGACGAAUUCAAGACCUCAUCUACGAGUAUUCGAGGAUUCGUCAAAUUUUCGUGGAUAAUAGCAAAAUAAAUCAAUUACGCACUAAAUAUGAAAAACUAAAUACCUGAAAGAAUUUAGAUUAAUCGGUUGAAGCUUACUAUUGUGUUAGUGAUAGAAUUAAUUAAUUAGAAAUGUAACUAAUUUAAGUUGACUAAACUAAAAAUUACUAUGUGUAUGUUGCGAAUUGACUAAGUUUUCUUUAAUUUACACUCAAGUUAGUGCUUACUUCGUCCCUAUCUAACACCAGCCACUCACGAUCAAUAAUUGUACUACCAAGUCUGCAGCUGGAAUGUAAGGAUAUAAAAGUGAACAACUAAAAUAAUAUCGAAACCAUAGCCAUGUUUUGAUAAUUUUGUCAUUUUCUAAUGCCUAAGCGCACUGUAGACUUGAUGAUGUACUUGAUUGUAUGUAGCCAGCUUAAUGCUAAUUAACGUGGCAAGCUAAAUCGGUCAACAAGCGCAUGGCAACCAGCUGCGUACCUCAUUAACUGAACAGCUUGUUGCCAUGGGCAACGACUCAUUUCAGCUUCAUCCAACCGUUUCUUGUUAUGUUCCGUCCGUAUUUCGUAGUCUAGUUUUGAAAUAAGAGAACCUCAUCUAUUUAAUCCCUAAAUCUGUUAAAACUAUACAUAUCUAGAUGAAGCAUAGUUGGUUUAGUUUAAAAAUAUACAUACAACUCUAAAAAAUGGCUGUAAUGAUUAUGAUAGUUGAUUUUUUGUAUUUGUGUUCUGCUCUGCUGGAAAAUUUUAGUAAAAUAUGAAAUUAUGGAAUGUCUUUUUUGAUAAAUUCUGGAUCACUUUCAGUCUAAUACUACGCAAGGAAAGUUAUCAAAGUUCCGGAUAGGUCACACGGAUGCGCUUGUCUUUAAACUAUAAAGCAGAAAACCGAACAUAGAACCUCCUAUUUGGAAGUCGGUUAAAAAUAUAAAACAUUUGUAAACAGUUGCAUGUUACAGAGUAGCCAGCUUACGUAGUUCUUGAUGCAAUCAUUGCGUCCGCCAGUGAACACUGCUUUCGACUGUACUCGUAUUUAUUGUAUUGCAGUUAACGCUCUGAAUUAUCGCCAAAAGCGUAAUACAAUAUACCUACCACUCGAAAUCAAAGUUACGUCAUUUUUAAUCGUACCUACGAACUUGUUUGUAAUCAGAGAUUUAUUUGGAUCUGUUUGUUUGGAACUAAUUAGCAGAAUCCCGUUGUUUCAUUGUCCGACCUUUUGUGCAUUUCUUAUGUCUAUGUUACUCCCUAAUAAUAAAGCUUGCAAUUGAUGAAAAAAAAAAUCAAUAGGUCCAUUAGUUUUAAGGUGCUGUUAGACAUGAGCAUUCACUUGUAAUGAGCAUUCGUGCGAAUGUUACAUCACAGAAAAAUACGAAAGCAUUUUAGCGAGCAUUCUAGCAAGCAGAUUUGCGUGGUACGGAAAUAUCGAAUAGAGCGUUCGCUAGAAUUUUCAUGAUGUUCGUAGCAAUAUUUGGCUCUAUGCUUGGCUCGGCUCGUUGUUCAGUUCGAUAAAUAUAAAACGGCGAAUGCUCGAUGCUCUGUUUCAAGUGAAUUCUCAAAUCUAGCAGCACCUUUAGAGCCUAUUCAACGCAAACAAACAAUCAAAUGUUUUUUCCUUAUAUCCUAUAGUAAUAUUAUAAAGCAAAGUUUUGUAGGUAAUCUCUAUAUCAGCUGAAUCGAGUUCUUUUACCUAUUUUAGUGAAUCCGCGGGCGUCGGCUAGUAUUAUAUAUACCAUAGUAUAUUCUAUAGAAAAUAUUAUAGUCCUAGCAACAUCCCACGUUUAACCCGCUUUUCGCGUAGAUCCAGUUCCUUUUGUAUCUUAAGAUAAAAAUCUGUCUAUCUAUUUGCCAUUAAUUUUUAUUCAGCCGUUCGGCAGUUAUAAAUUGUAUUACGAUUACGAGUACGAUUACUUACAUGUUUGCCAUAUUUCCUUAUAAGGCAAUUAUGAAGAAAAAAAAAGGUUAAAUAGGUUUGCAUUGAAUAGGAACUUGUGUUAUUGGCGAUACCUACUACGGAUAUUGGCGUCAUUUGGCUGUACAGAUUUGAAUUUAGUUUUUUAUAGAUGAGUUUCAUAUAGGAUCAUUGCAAAUAAAUGAGCUUCUUAUCAUUAAGAUCACUGAAUAUAUUUAAUGAUCAUAAGAUCUUUUCACUUACGUAAUUUGUGUUCUUAGUUUGGCAUUGCAAAAUAACCUUCAUAUUUUAGUUCUUAAAUUAAGUAUACUUCCUUCAUAUUUCGUUUCUUAAAUUAAGUAUACUUAGUGUGAUGUAAGACAUUGAAAAGUCAUUAAUUAUAUUAUAUGUUUUGUAAUAAUUAAGUUGGCAAGCGAAUAUGUGAUAUUGCAUUAGUCCUUAGGUAAUUUUAAAAUGAUUUAGCUCCUAUUUACAAUAAAUUAUGUAUCAUAUUUUCACUCAUCAUUCCACUAAGAUUCCAAAAAAAAUUUUGUAAUUUAUGGAUCUGUCUAUGGUUUAUUUUUAUUAAAUUAGUAAUUAGAGAAUAAGAUUAUCAGUGCCUUAGCAAAAUGUAUAUAACUACGCACUAUGGAAAAGGAUGUAUGCGUGAUAUUAUGUCUACUUUUUAUUAUAGUUUUCAUUAUUAAUUAUAAUCUCUUUUUUAACUACGA